CGUAGGAGAAUCGAUCUAAAACUAGGAGUCGCCGCAGUAACCGCUGGGAGGAAGCCAGUGUUACAAUUCGCGGGGGCCCCCGUCGUAUGCGCCAGUGAAAUCUUAGACGCACGCCAGUUUAAUCGCACGUACGCACGGCACGGGACGGGACGGGUCGGGACGAGACGGCACGGCACGGUACGGCACGGCACGGCACGGCACAGUACGGCACGGCACGGCACGGCACGGCAAGGUCGUCGGGCCAGGUACGUCCACGUCGACGGACGUGUACGGCACGGUCGCCGCCAGCCCCUGCUCGUCGCUCCUCUCGCCCGCGUUCGCCACUCGCCCUCUCUUGCGCUCGCCGCUCUGUCCCUGUCCUGGCGGCACGGCAGCAGCACAGGGGCGGCCGGCCGGGGGUGGCCGUGCUUUAAUCGCGGGAUAUAACGGAGGGUGUUGUGCGCUCCUCGCUCUCGUCUACCUCGCGUACGUGCGCGCGAGGGACGGAGCGAGGCGCGGCGCCGUGGGUGCGACGAGAGCGGUGAGCAGCAUCUCGGGGAGGAGGAGCAGCCGCGUGAGGAAGGGAAGACACCACCACGUCCGUGUCGGCCGCCAGUGAUACGAGUCAGCCAGAGCCAGACAGCCAGCCAGCCAGUAGCUACAGCCCACUUAUUCGGUCAGUGAGUCCAGCCAGCCAGCCAGACGGAUAGCCGGCCAAGCCAAGUGUCGCGCCCGAUAGGAAGAAGAGAGAAGAAAAGAAAGAAAGAGAGCGAGAGAGAGAGAGAGAGAGAGGGGAGGGGGCAAGGAGGGUGCGAGAAGACGAAAGAAAGACAGAGAGAGAGAGACACCUUGCGAGGGUGUACGCGCGAGCAAGGCUCUGGGCGGACAGCAGCGCGACCAGAGAGCAGCAUCCCUCGAUAUAUAAUGCGACGUGCAGCAACCUUCUUCCCCUUCGCCUUGGUGGUCGUUCCUUCGGAAUAGAGCCGCGCGCUUGCUGCUGGGACGGUUCCUUACCUGCAGGGCUAUGACGUAAUGGCAAGAGAGGAGUUACGGACCAAGAGACCUUUUAAGAUAUGGGACAGCUGGCGUAACGUAAGAAAGGGACUGGUCGCUGGCAAUUUCGAAGAGUUGAUUGCCCGAGGUAAGGAAAAGCUGGGCGUGCCACAAAACGAGAAUGUCUCGAUAGUCUUGGAGUCGGACGGCACGCAAGUUGAGGACUGCGAGUACUUCAAGACCCUAGGAAACAACACGAUCCUGCUCCUGUUGCGGCAGGGCGAACGCUGGUGUCCUACUGGCGUCGACAUCAUACGCGCUGCAAUUUCGGCGAUCCCGAAAAUAGUCUGCGAGACGAUCCACGCGCUGGAGUUGCACGAUGAGACGCCAUCGUGGAAAAUCAUGGACAAUAAAGGCCGAGUCACAGUGGUGCUGCACUGGGACCAGCGCUCGUCAUCGUCGUCGCAGGUGCAGCAGCAGCAGUCGAAGCCAGGCCCAGACGCCCAGACCUCCAAGUAUUCGCCGACUAAGAAAGUUGACCUGAAUGGCGGCCAGCGGCCGCCCCUGGUGAUCCAGACCAGCUUGGACAAGCUCGGUUAUGACGGCAAGGCGACGCCCUUACCCGGCGAGAUCGCCCCGUCGCGGUACAUCAGUCCGCGAAUCACUGUGAUAAAUCAUGACGAUAUGCAGCAACCGGGGCAAUCGCACCUGCCGGGCCGUCUGGUGAAGCAAGGCACGAAUUCGUUCGACAGUACGACCAUCCACAUCCAUACGCCCGAGUGCUCCAACCACAUUCACCAGCCGGUCGCGCGGAACGGCAGUCCGGUGAAUGGCGCCGACGGUGCCAUCGGCGAGUGCGAUUUCCACUGCUGCGCCCUGCACGAGGAGGGUCGCAGGAUCGCUGUACAUAAAUCGGUAGCGACGUCGCCGAUCCAGGACGCGCAGCAUGCACAGUAUCACCCGCAUCAUCCACAUCCACAGCAACAACAGCAAACGCAGACGCCGUCGCCUCAGCCACCGUCCUCUCUAUCGGACGGCACCAAGCGACCUGGCCUGAGCAAAGGCCAUGUUCGCUUUCGCGAUACCGCUGACGAGGAGUCAAGCUCGCGUCUGGCCGGUGCCGCUGGCUUCCACUUACAUCACAAUCAUCAUCAUCAUCCUCAAGAGCAUGACAGCUCCGAGUCCGAGACGGAGAACACAAUAAUGGAGGACGAAAUUGUGACCUCGGAGAAAUUUUUGUUACUGAUCGAUCAGCUGACGGUUGACCAGAAGCACCACCUUAGCAUCAAGGACAUUGGCAUCAUAUUGGAGCGACUUAGCUCCAAAAUCCUCGACGUCGAGCGGCUGGAUCGCGAGAGCGAGAGCGAGGAGUGUUACAAUUGGACGAUCAAGGCGAUCAUACGGGGCGAUGUCCUGCGGGAGCUCGGGGUGAUCUACAAUGGGAAUUAUUACGCGAUCUCAGAGCAUCCCGGCUACAAAGAGGAGUCCGAAGAGAAUAACGAGGAUAACGAGGAGGAGGAGGAGGAUAGACUUUAAUAUGAUGCUGUUUUACUAGAUAGAUAGAUAGAUAGAUUAUACAUCUAUUCCUGGUUAUUAUUAAAUUAGGACACGUUGUCAACGGAAAUAAGGACGGAGAUAUCACGUGGUAUUUCCAUUGAGUCCGAGGAUUUUUUGAAAAUGUUGAGAAAAAUUGAAUAAACCCGAACCUUUUGUGAGUUUCCUCUGGGAGUCUGUAGCGUCUCCUAGAAUUUUCCAAGGGAUCUCUGUGAUCAUUCAAGGAUUCCCAGUGAGCUUGGGUUUUCUUAAUAUUUUCUAGGAAUUUUCUAAGAUUAAAAGAUACAGCAUUGUCUUGUGCCAAAUAUAUGAAAGUUCUACAGAAUUAACCGCCUAAGAUUCGAUGAACUUAGAAUUUUUAGACCGAAUCUUCUAAGAUUUCUCAGGAUAUUCAUACAAUUUUUUGAGAUUUUGGAAUUUCCUCCUCAGGAUUCCAUAGGAUUUUUUAAGGAAAUUUUCAACGUUAUCCGCCCUGUAAAAUCUUACGAAUCUGUGUAAAAUCCUAUGUGCAUUUAGAAUUUACAUUAUUAAUUUUACAAGUUUCUACAUUGCCAAUUUUAAAGAUGUCCAGUGUAUUUUUAAUUUAGAAUAUUUUUUGAUAAAAAUUUUAAACUUCUUAGAAGAAAUUGUAUAAUUUUGUUUUAAAUUCCUACAUUUUUGCAUUAUGGACAAUUUCAUUUUCUUGAAUUGUAGUUUAUUCAGAACCUUGGAUCCUAGAUUCCUCCCUCCUAGAAGUUAUGGGCACCUUAGAUUUUAAAUAAAAUAUCUUACAAUUAAACUAAACACCAUAAUUCUAGGUGCCUUAGAUUCCAGGUAUCUUAAAUCGAACAGAUUCAAAUAUUUUAGAUCCUAGGUACUUUAGACCUUAAACAUUAUGUAAAUUCUAAAUUUCUUAGAUCCUAAGAUUUAAAUUUUUAGAUCCUGAGACUCGAUUUGAAUACCUUUUUUCUUCAGUCUAUAUUUGUGAUUCUUUAGAGCUGUGUAUUAAAUAAUUUCUAGAAUUACUACGUGCUCUCGGAGAAAUCUGAAUGUAAAGAGAAGUCUUAGGAGACUAUCGAAAGGAUUUUAUAAUUUCGACUAUCGAGAUUAUAAAAAGAUGAAACUUUAAUUCAAUUGUUUCAUUAGAAAAAAUAUACAUAUAGAUUAUAAUUAAAGAACUUCAGUGCCACUGUCGCAUAGCUUUACUUUUGUACAAUUUUGUGGAUGUUAAUUUUCGAAUUGAGGAAAUUUUGAUAAAUAUUCCCAAAUUUUACGAAACGUUGUGCCAAAUCUUUUCAUUCGUCAUUAUAAUGACUUUGCAUAUCGGUCUUACAAGCAAUCCAAAGAUCGACAGCUUUUUCGAAAUUCAUAAAAUCCUCGGAUCAAAGACGAGAUCCACGGAAAAGCGAAAACCGAGUGACGCGUGCGAAUUACAUCCGCGUCGCGUGGAGGAACGUAAUUCGAAAGACGACAGAGGGUAGAUCGUGACGCGCCAUUUCUUCCGAAUAUGUUUCUUAAUGAGAAAAAAAGAGAAGAAACAAAGCAAGGGAAGAAGGGGAUUGCAACGUAAUGGAAUCAUGUAAUAUGAUAUAAUAUACAACUUUAUUAAAAACUAGUUCUAAAGACGGUUGUUGAAAUAUGUACUUAUUAAAACUAGUAUGUAUACUUGUAGGAAACAUUUUUGGGAUUACGGACGUCGAUUCCGUAACCGUCCACAACACUGCCCUUGAAAGAGAAGUGACAAAGUAAAAGGGUGAGAAUGAGAGAUAGACAGAGGAAACGGGAGAGAAAAGAGAAUGUACUAAAAGUGGCAUGGAUAGAUACAAUUCGACUCGACAAGAUUCGGCUAAAUUCGAUGAAGUAAUUCUUUCUUUUUCGUUCGUUGCAAAUAACCUAAUUCUUUAUUCUAUUUAAUAUUCUAGGAUAAUUUGUAGAUUCACAGAAAAUCUCAAGAUCGCUUUUUGAACUUC